UCGGACUAUCGCUCUAAUGCGGUGUCUGGAUAUGGUAAUCUAUCAAAUGUGCGAUCAAGUUCAAAAGCUUCGCAAGUUCCGCUAGUGGGGAGAUUGUCAAGGCAGAAGCGCAGACGCCGGUGACCGCUCAGUGUGUGAUUACUGAUUUGUGGACGAUGAAGUUCGCGGGGGUACUCGCGCUCUGCGCGCUCGGCGCGGUGAGCGGGACAGACAAGACAGAGUCCACGACGAACAACAGGCACCGGAGGGCUUCGGGCCCUUCGGGGACAGAGCUGUUUCUUAGCAUCGUUGGAGAACGACCAAGCGAGAACAACCAAAUCAAAUCGUCUCUCCUGCCAGUGCAGCUGCCAAUCCAACUGGGAGGCCAUGGGGGAGUGACUCUACCAAUUCUGGUGCUUCCUGUGCCAAUUUACACCAACAAUCCAGAUUCUUGCAGCGCUAAUCAUGCGUCAACUGCUGCACAACCAGCACAGGCUCUACCAAACAUACCAAUCGUACAAAUCCGUCAGCAAUUUUCUCAAGCUCAAACCCAGCCUCAAACAGUCCCAGAAUCUCAAGAAACCAUCCCAAAUCAACAAACUGAAAACACCAACACACAUCACGAAGCCGUUCAGAGUAAUCCAGCAGCCACACAACUGCAUCAAAGUCAGCAACAUGAAACCACCAACGCCCAUCAAGAAGCAAUUCAGAUCAACGAGCUACUUCAAGACGUUGAACCCCAAAGCCCUUCUUACCAACCUGUGAAGACUUAUGCUUCUGCAAAAGUCGUUAUACCUACUCCAGGAAAUGUUCCUCAUAAAGAGAGUUUGAAUUUCAAUCUUGGAUCUAACGAUAGGGUUACUUUUAAGGUGGAUGAGUCUCAGGUGCAGGAACCAGUGAACUACGAACAGACGACAGUAGAAGAGGAGGAAGUUCCUUUCUCGGAUGGAUCACCAAUUUUUGAGACCUCGGAACAAAUGAUCCAAAGCUUCCUCCGCCAAACACCAGUGGCUCCAGAAGAACCUGCAGUUAUCCCCGACCUGGAUCUCCCUGCUCGUCUCCCGGUCACCUCAUCCUCGUCUUCCUACGGCGCACCUUCAAUCACAGCUGCGUCGCCACCUCGUCCGGACUUCAACCGCUCUCUACAUCUGCGUGUGGAUCUUACUGUACCGAGCUCCGAUUACACUGAGGCUUAUGAUAUACAAUGGCACUCGGAGUCCAACACAGCGAAGACCGUGAUCGAGGAUGGCAGCACUGUCAUCUACCGCGCACCGCUCGCUGACGGACGCAUACAGUUCCUUGAGGUAUUGAGGCAUGGUUUUAUCAUCAUUAUCUUAGAACUACAUGACUUAGUUAUAAUUAUAACUGAUUUGGACUAUUAUUUUUUAAUGGCAAGGAUAACAAUAGAAGAAAAACGCUUCAAAAGCAUCAGCCAAGCCAUCCGGGAAUUCAUUGAUGUAUGGCCGUAUGAGGCAAAUUGUAAUCGUCAGUCUCAUUCACCAAUCAAAUUUUUCCAGAUACAACGAGAGCUUACGGAUGGCCAGGAGGUUCGCCGCUGCACGCUGUCGCCGUUAAUGCAGGCCUCCCCCGCCGAUAACGCCUUCCCAGGACUACCAGAAUUCGACCAGUUUGAGUUCGUUGGUUACACAACCGCAGAAGGUCGCUCGCUAGUGGAGCGUUGGCGCCGCGUAGUCACGGGUGGCCCAGGAGAAGGAGGCGCAGCGGAGGGAGAGUCUCUCACCAUCACGCACGAGAUGUUCAUCAUCAGGGAAAGGGGACAAGCGGUGCCGCUCAGAUACUCAGUGGUGACGGACAGCUCCGUACUCGGCGCCAAAAGCGACAGCUACACCCACCGCUACAACUUGCUCGACGCGCCGACUUCCGCAGUGCUCCCUGACACGUCCCGGGAAUGCGACGCCUUCGAGGAGUACCCAGUUCAGCUCGAGCAGCACAGCCUUCAGAAGAGGGCUAUUGGCCUCGUGUCGAGGGUACUCGCUAAGUUUGACCCGAUCAGAGAGUUCGCUGGACCGACAAGGGAUGUUCGAUAUGACUCCAUAUUGACUAACUUCAAAAAUCAAUUCAAACGCAAAUACCUAGACCCGGCCGAAGAGGCCGUCCGCAAGAACCUCCUCGUCAAGUCUUCCCGCUUCAUCGAGGCAGGCAACCGUCUCGCUUCCGGAUUCAAGAUGGCUGCCAACUUCUUGGCAGACAGGCUUGACGAUGAGAUCAACCAGCUAUUCGGAGUUCAGGAGCCGCCGGUGGGCGCUAGUGAGCCUGGACUUGUGCCGUUUCCGUACACGGAGAAUGAAGUGAAGAAUAUCAAGCUGGAUGAUGAGUUUGAUUGGCGUCCACUUGGAGCCGUCUCUCCUGUGCGCUUCCAAGACACAACGUGCUCAUCGUGCUGGGCCUUCGCCGUAGCGGGCUCCACGGAGGGCGCGCUUUUCAAAAAGACCAACAAGCUGGUGCCGCUCAGCCCUCAGUGCCUCGUCGACUGCGGCAAACCGUUCGGCACGAAUGGCUGCAACGGAACGUGGCCCAGUUUUGCGUAUGAUUACGUGCAGGCUCGCGGGCUGCCGGCGUGGGACGAGUACACCAACUACCAGGCUAAGGUGUUGCAGUGCAAGGACAAAACCGUGCCACCGGUCACGCACAUCAGCGGUCACGUCAACGUUACUGCCUUCAGCGAGGAGGCCCUCAAGGUGGCGAUCAAGAAUCACGCGCCGUCCGUCGUCAUAGUGGACGCGAAGGCCCAGAGCUUCAUCUAUUACAAGUCGGGAGUGCUGAAGGACAAGCGCUGCGGCGAAAACAAGCCUCGCCUCAACCACGCCGUCCUCGCCGUCGGCUGGGGCUCCAAAGACGGCUCCCACUUCAUCAUCAAGAACACAUGGAGCGACAAGUGGGGGGAGGGCGGUUACAUCCGCAUUGCUCCCGACUCGUGCGCAAUUUUGGAGCGGCCGUCUUAUUCAUUGGUCGAGGAACCAAACAUUGACAGAGCGGAACUUAGAGCGGCCGCGGCGAGUCUCAAAGCUUAGUUUUCGAUGCCAAAUCUAAUUAAAUUUCCACUGUUUUGUUGCUCCUCCUGAAUCCCAGAAACUUUCGUUUUGUUUUUACAAGCUUUUAUUUAGUUUCAUCUGUCCCGUUGUCUGUAAUCAAAUCUUACAAGUAAAAUUUGACCGGUUUCCGAUUCCGAACAGCAACCAAAUAACACUAGACCCUACUCAUAGUGUUGUGUUCCUGUCGGUGAGUAAAGUUGCCAGAGCUCAACGAGGUGUAGGGGGGGGGGGGGGGGGGGAUUUAGGGUUGGCAACGCGCAUGGCGCAUGUAACACCUCUGGAGUUGCAGGCGUACAUAGGCAACGGAGAGUGCUUACCAUCAGGCGGGCCGUAUGCUUGUUUGCCAACGUAGUAUACAAAAAAAACUGAAAAUUUGCAUGCAUAUGUAAGUUGGGUAAUAAUGCUAUAUUCAUCAUUGUAUCCUAUUCAUUUUUGGCCACAGCGACUGCAUUCUACCGCUGAGAGCGUCGUUGGUGCGCUCUAAGGUGACUGACGUAGUAUACCUACUUAGACUUAGCAGCGAAUGUGCGAACACUCGUUGCAGGUCAGGGAGCCGCGAAAAUCGAAGUUCGUCAAUUGCGGGCAUUUUUCUCUGUCACUUAGUGAGAGUAAAACAGAAAGAUCCCCGUAAUUGGCGAGUUUCGGUUUUCGCGGUAGGCCCCCAGCACCCCUCCGACGUAAUUAUAUGUGAGCCCACGGGUGGUCUGGCUUAGCUCGUCACGCAAUAUUAUAGUACCAUCGAGCUGAUCUAAUGAUGGUCGCAGGACAUGGCUCAGAUGGCCAUAGAAACUCUGUGAUAAAAAGUUUAGUCAGCUUUAAAAGCUUGUAUUAAAAAUGUCAUUUUUAACUUAAAAAAUAUUGAAUUUGGAACCUUAUUUGGUUUCAUACAGUUAAAAAAUGGAUGUUGAAUUUGUCAUUUUCAGGGUUUAUGGGACGCAGGAGGCUAUUUAAUUGUUUAAAUAAAUGUUUUAUAGUGUCUUUAGUGGUUUAAGUGUCUCAAGUAACCAAGAGGUGGCGCUGUUUAAAGAUUUACAUCGCGUUGUUAAUAUUCUCUAGAUAAUUUCCUGUAAGUGAGGAGUUGUCUGUAAAGGAUCUCUUGGAUAAAGAAAGCACGCUCUUCUUUCUAUCGCACGCGCGUAAUUAUAUUACUGCCCCCCCGUGUGUCCCGCCCAUAAUGCCGGCAGAAUCAGAAUCAGAAUUGUUUAUUGCACUCAUGUUAGUGUACAAUUCUUUAAAACUAUUUAAUACAGUUCCACAUGAACCCUGUAAGGGUAUAGCAAUAUUCUUAAAACUAACUUAUGAAGGCAGUCAAUGCCACUGUGCAGAAUAAAAGUCAUUCACUGCCAGUAAUAUAAAAUUAUGCGCCUGCACUAGAGAAAGGAAAUAGCGUCUUAAUGUACGGUCGAGGAAAUUGAUUCUUUAGCAGUUUACGGUUCACUUUACAUUGAACAACUCUAAGCAUAAGUACGUACAACCAAAUUUACUUGAACCGCAAAUUGCUAAAGAAUCAAUUUCCUCGACCGUACGAAAUUCUUCGUGUUUACCGUUCUAACUUUAGUGACGAGUUAUGCCUGUAUAUUCUUGAAUGGACAUAUAUACUGAAGAAAAGAUAUUUUGUAACUUUUUCUUAGUUAUCUAUGCGAUAAUCUCAAUAUGCGAAUUUAAACUGUCGUGAGAUAUACUAACAAUAAACUAAUUUUACGGUUUACAGUCACGUGUUUUAGUCACUCGCGCGACAUGUUUCGGAGAGCCUAGGUCUCCUUUCUCAAGCACUAACAGUGCGAGCAGCGUUCACGACGGCCGCGUUUCGCGUACUGCCGCGCGCCGCGUCGCACGCUGCGCGCGCGCUGAGAGAACAAGUUGGGGGAGGUCUUGCGCUGUUAUUGGAGGCGGGCAUAUUGGUGGGUUUGGGACAUCUAAAACAUGUAGCGACAUCCAGCACGAACUCAACAUGUCGCGCGAGUGACUACAAACACGUGAGUGUAAACCGUAAAAUUAGUUUAAUGUCAAUAUCAACUAAUGUAAGCAAUCAUUGCUUGUUUUCAUUAUUUAUAUGAUAUAAGAUAAAACGGCCAUAUUUGAUGAUAAUGAUAAGCUAAAGGUAUUUAUGCCGUAUAAGAUAUAGAGCAGUAACUAAUAUCUAUUAGUUAUACUGCUAUUGUCAUCACGAUGAUUAAAAUUAUUACUUUAA